GUCAUCUGCACAAAUCAGUGGAUCACCCUGCCUUGGGAGGCCUAGCAGCCCUGAUGGAGGAUCCUGGUACAUCACUGGACCACGGAGGGUUUGAGUGGGAGCCGGCCGCCAAGUCAGUGUGUAAAACAACUCCAAUCUUUCGCUCCGUCCUUUCUACCAGCACCGUCUUGCAGUCAAAACCUGGCGGUGAGGUUUUAAACACAACAGUGAUUCUCCGACACACUUUGUCCAAUCAGAGCAAAGGACCACAGGAUUACGAUUCCGGGAACGACACGUCUUCCCCACCAUCGACCAAAACCGGCAUUUCACAGUCAAACGUCAUCGGCGACAAAAAGGUCCUUUGCCAUGCGCCGGCUUCACCGGAGAAACUGAAGUUCAGGGACGGAGACAACGCGUCCGACUCUGGGAACUCUGUGACCAGCUAUGCUUCCCUGUGUAAACCUCUGCAUGUGGAAGGUGGUUUGUCUACUGCAACUUUCAACAGGAACGGCAAGAGUGAGCCGGUGAAGACUUCAGGAUGUGGGGCCAAGGUGGGGAGACCUCAGAAGACUGUCUCCAUCUCUCCGUUGAGGACGGUCACCUCUUCACGUAAGAGGACUAAAGCCAACUCCUCCAGCAGCAGCAGCAGAAGCAGGAGUAGAUCCUCUGGGAGCUCCAGACACUCUGGACGCUACUCUCAAAGCCGAUCGCUGUCAUCUGCCAGGUCAUACUCCCGUUCACCGAGCUACUCAGCUGGUUUGAGAAGGAAAGGAAGUGUAGGCAGUGGUAGGUCCAGGGGAAGAUACUCCAGGAACAGUGAAGACAGGGUCCGAGAGAGGAAGAGGGACCCCAGCUCCUGGGAGAAAGAUGUGAAACACAACAGUCGGAAGCAUAGCGGGAAGAGGCAAAAACGCAGGUCCUACUCUCCCAUGAGAAAAAGGAGGAGAGAUUCACCCAGUCACCUGGAAGCCAGGAGGAUAACCAGUGCCAGGAAGAGACCCAUCCCCUACUUCCGUCCCAGUCCUUCGUCCAGCAGUCGCUCUACCAGCGUAUCCUCUUGGAGCAGCCUCUUCACAAGGAGCCGCAGCCCCAGCCCUGGCCUCUGCCUCAGCCGAUCCAGGAGUAGGAGCCGAGGAAGAAGUAGGAGUUACUCCUCCUACAGGAGCUACAGUCGCAGCUCGUCUUGGAACUCCAUCUUUGGGAGUCGGAGCCGGAGUCGGAGCUAUGACUCGUUGGAUGGUUACAGCAAGAACAAGAACCGGCGCUGAGUUAUAAAACAGACUGAGGAAGAGGAGACUGACUUAUCAGCAGACUGAGUUAGCAACAGACUGAGUUAUCAACAGWCUGAAGAGGAGACUGCACUAUGAUUCCCCAAGUCAACAGGAGAACAGCGAAAGUAUGGGGACAUGUUUUCAUCUCUUUGCAUCAUUCCAUGUUAGAUCUCUGAGCGAGAACCUUCAAGCAAUUGUUUUACCAUACAUUGRAUUCCUUGGCAGAUGAAUUACCAUUUGAAUUGUACCAGUGCUGUUCACAUUGCCCAGACAGAAACCACUGGAAAUAGAUUGAUUGAAUUUUGUCUUUCGUUCAUUUUUGUCCAUCCCCAGUGCAAUGUCCAGAGACAGUUUUGUCUUGUGACACUCUUCCUCUGACAUCCAUGAGUGAAAUGAAGGAUGAAGGAGCACCAUUCAUUUUUACCCUUUGAUAAACUCUUCGUUUCAUAACAACUCUUAUGUUUAAUUUAUGAUCUGGGAUGUGCACUAGAAAGGUCUUUUGGGACAAUUUCAGUAGGUUUGUGAAUGUGUGUAUUUUCAAACGGCGUGUUUUUCAGCAAUGUAGGAAAAGGUGUGUUGCUUCUCUGAUCCCAGCUCUUCAGAAGGUAGAACACAAACAUGCCUCCUCUGAGAAAUGGAGGAGGAGGAGGAGGAGGAGGAGGGAGGA